GACUGAGAUACAAGAAGUGUAAACCCGCGAUAUCGCCACUAACCACCGCAAACUUUAACGUAUUUUAUGUAGCAAAGAUGUUUAACACGGGCGUUCAGCGUCCUUAUUGUGGGACCUCUCGGGGAAAUCAAAUUGGGCCGAGAAAAAUCUAUGUUUAUGACGGCCGCUUCGAAAAUAAAAAGGUUACCGGGACCUCACUGGAAACAAGUGGUUGGGACUUCAAUUACUUCCUUCAAAUUUUGCAAAGGGAAUUUGAAAUCAAUCCACAUGAAAUAUUUGUGUUGGUCACCACAGACAGAACGGUCCUGGAUUUUGACAAAUUUGAGGAACUUCAAGAUGGCAGUACAAUAUACUUACUGCAACAGGAGGACCAAGUUCUACCAGUGUCAACGGAGGAGCCAAUCAUGUUUAUUCCUCAUUAUGAUACGUUGAUCAGGAGUGGCAUGUAUGAGUACUACGCUAGUGAGGGCCAGAAACCAUUACCCUACGCGUUUGCUGAGCUGAUCGACAACGCUCUGUCAGCCACAGCUAAAAACACAGGAAUGAGGACGAUAGAGCUACGAAUGCUUUUUGAUGAAAGCAAUGGGAAACCUGCAGUGGUUGUCCUAGAUAACGGAUGUGGGAUGACCUCUAAGCAGCUCAAUAACUGGGCAGUGUACAGACUCUCUAAAUUUACCAGGGCAAACAGCACGCUCAUAAGUAAGCAUGAGGGGUAUGUUCGGCCUGAUCCUGUCCCUCGUAGUCUCAACAGUGAUAUAUCCUACUUUGGGGUUGGAGGAAAACAGGCUGUUUUCUACAUCGGGCACUCAGCCAGGAUGAUCAGCAAAGCCAGGAACUCCCCAGAUGUUCAUGAGCUGGUUCUGUCGAAGGAGGAUUUUGAGAGAAAGGAGAAGAACAGAGAGGAUAUUUACAGUGGGAUCAUCAGAAAAAGGAAGCCUGGUGACUCCUCACAUGUGAAUAACAAUGAUGAGCGCUUCCUCCACUCCUUAAUCGCUGAGGAAUAUGGGAAGGAAAGCUUCACAGCUGUGGUCAUCACAGGAAUCUUACCUGAACAUAUCACCUUUUUGAAACAGGAUUUUCAAGCGUGGACCAGAGAGCUAGCUCACAUAUAUCACUAUUACAUCCAUGGAGUUAAUGGAAAUGACAUGAGUAACAACGCUGCAAACUCAAAUCAUCUGUCUAAAAUUGACAUUCAGGUCACCUUGCAAGAAAAGCCUUCCAGAUGUCCGCGUGUGAUGAAUCUCAGGGAGGUUGACGAUGACAUGCAGACUCUGUACAUAAAUGCUGCUGCAGACACGUUUGAGUUUAAGGUCAGCACCGGACUAGACACUGGCACGGUGGAGGGGGUGAUUCGGUAUCAUCCUUUCCUCUAUGACAAGGAGACUUACCCUCAAGACCCAAAUGCUGUGCAAGCACUUCCUGAUGACGAGGAUGACGAUAAUGAGUCUGGAGUCCAGCAUCAAGCAAGAGGAAAGAGGCCGAUCUUUGAGUGCUUCUGGAAUGGACGGCUCAUACCUUACACCAGAGUACAUGAGUUUGAUUGGUGUGCCUGGCCCAUUAAAGGAGCAAAUAAAGAUAGAGAACCUCUGCCUAAAGAGUGUUACAGUCGAUUUUCAGGGGUCCUGUUCACAGACGACAGAUUCCAGGUCAGCACAAACAAGCUCACCUUCGUGGACCUGGAGCUGAAAAUGAGGAACAAGGAAACUAUCUUCACACGCGUUGUUAACAGACAGGGGCAAAGAACUAACAUUCAGAAGGACUUCACGCAGUGGCUAAAACACUGUCAUGAGAACUUGGACAAGCAAGUGAAAUUCCUGGGCUUUCAGGAGAUCAUAACUCGAACAGAUCAGCAAGCUAAGAAAAAAACACAUCCCUGGGCAACGUUCUCCGCCAUCCAGUUGGACGGCAAAAUAUACAAAACAGGCCAACUUGUGAAGUCUCAGAGAACGCAGCCCAUUCAUCAUGGUACUGUGGUUCGAUUUUUGCUGUAUGGAAAUCAUAACCAAGAUGUUUUUGCCACUGGAGGACAGGUUGAAGUGUCUCUAGAACCCAAAGGACUUCAUGAGAUGACCAAGAUCAUACCUAUCUCAAAGCUUGACAGGACCGUCAGUGAUGAAGCCAUCAAGAAAAGCAUUGAAAAUGAUAUCGCCAAGCUCCCACAUAUACUAAAAGUGGACUGGCCAGAUGGUAACCUCUGGCCAGAGAAUGCUGUUUGUCUGGCUGGGUCUCCAUUUGGGCCGCUCAAAAUCGAAAUACUGAACAAGAAAGGAGAGUCAAUGUCCAGGAUGCCAACAGUGAGACAGAUAGUGAUAAAACUGAGUGUCAAGCUCAAAAUAGUUCAACAUGGUCCUACAAACAAUGUAGAGGUUGUCACUUUUGUUGCCCAGCACUCACCAAAGUACGGUUUCUGGUUCAAGAAAAUGGAGAAUCUGACCAACCCAGGGAAGUACACACUGUUCUUGAACACCACCAUAAGUGACACUGAUGCCACCGUCUUUGGAGACAGAAACCUUCCAAGCUACAAACUCAAGUUCACCAUCAAAGAGGGUAAUGCUGAGAGUUUCGAUAUGGGUGUUGCGAGUUCCACUCUUCGCGUAGGGGUGCCAUUUGACAUUCCUCUGCAGCUAAAAGAUCGUUACGGCAACUUAACAAUGCCUCUUCCUAAUCUCCAGCCAGUACUCACAUGCAGUGACCUGCGUCUGAGCUAUGACACAGUGGACAGCAGUGGGACCAAGUUCAUCAUCAAAGGGGUCAAAGCAAGAGGAAAAGUCUUGAAUUACCAACAACCCAAGACAUAUGACCUGAAGGUGACCCUGACCGGUCUGAAAAAAGACACGCAGACUUUGAAGAUCAGUCUGCUCCCUGGUAAUCCACAUUCUCUCCAUGUGAAGACAAAAGAAGACCCAAUCAUAGUAGAGAAUGGAAAUCCUGUCAGGUUCAAUGUUGAAAUUCAUGAUGAAGCUGGAAACAUCACUGCUCAGCCCAAAGAGAUAGUUUACUGCCAGGUUCAGGAGCUUCCACCUGCAACAAUUGACUGCAGCACAGGAGCAGGACAGCUUGUGACAAAGCCCAUAAACCUGAAAAUAAUCGAGGGAGAACCAGAAAAGCUCAAAGUUAAAUUUUGGAUGCCUAGUCAGAGGAGAAUACCGUUGGUCUUUAGGGAGCUAAAGGUGAUGCCCAGCUCAAGGGUCUCCCUGAUAAAGAUCUGCAGUCAAGAUGAUGAGAAUCUGGUGCUGAAGAACAAUGAAAAGAUAGAAUGGCUGGCUGGAGGCUCACUGGAGAACCUGUUCUAUAAGCUGUAUGAUGAGGCUGGCAGAGCAGUACCUCCCACUGCUGAAAUAGCCUCUAUGAUCAAGGUUAACUGGAAAGCAGAUAUUGAUCUAAAAGAUCUGGUGCAGGGGAAGCUGCCGGACAUAAUGGUGCCCAUACAUGUGCAUGAAAAGCGCUUCUACCAGGUGUCCUACCAAGACCAGAGUGUGUCUGUUUCCUUUACUAUAGUACCUCGUCCAGAUGAACCAAAAAAGCUGAAAGCAACUCUGCUCCAAAAUGCAGUGAAGCUGGGUGAAACCCUAUCUGGAAACAUCCGCUUGGAGCUUGUGGACCAGUACGACAAUGCAACCAAUUCGCUAACCUCUGCCUGUGUGAAACACAUGACUGUGAAAGAUGAGGGCCUGGACAAAUCGGCUGUCACUUUCAAAUGGCAGGAGAGUAGCAGCUCUGUCGAGGUGACAGGAAUAUGUUUCCCGUCUGGGACUCCAGGCAUCAGAGAGAUUUGCUUCACUUACCAGGGCUAUGUAGCAUCAGUCAUGGUCAAAGUGAACCCUGGAGACCCUGCGGAGCUUAAACUAGUCAGCGGACCUAAGCAGCCUUUGCAGGUGUUAAAUGACCACGGCAUCCCCACACCAUUCCUCGUCCAAGUGUUUGACAUGUGGGGAAACCCCUCUCCAGACAAGAGGGUUGUGGUAGAAUUGAGAUCUUCUCCGCCAGCACUGAAGGUGACGACAGCUGUUACUUCACAACCAGUGGACGCAGAAGGAAAAGCCUCUUUCACAGUUACCAGUGUGAGUGGACCAAAGGGGUACUAUCAGCUAGAGUUUAACUGUUCCCUCAACAACAAACCCAUCCCUGGUCCAUCAGUGAACUUCACUGUUCUACCUGAUCCCAACAAACCUGUCAGCCUGGCAGUGGAGUAUAACACCUUGGCCAGGUUUCCUGCUGGAGGCACCUUCCCAGUGUUCUUUGUGACUGUGGUGUCUGAUGACGGUAGCCCGAUGACAACUUUUAACCCAGCUGCUGCACUCAUGUUGCUGUGGGAGGGAGUACCAACAGAAACAGCACCUCAACCAAAAGUCACUAGGCUGAGAUGUAGUAAGCCCAUGGAGAAUGAGAGAAAAGACUGUUUUCACUUCAGAGAUAAAGAGAUCCCAGAACGUGCUGGAAGGUACACCAUCCAGUUUUCUCUGUCCAUCAGCAAUACAAAAGUUCUGUUCAGUGAUGAGAUUCCUAUAAAUGUAGUAGCCAAUCAUCCUGUCAAACUGAGACCUGACUCCGAGCCACCCGCCCCAGUCGUUUCCUGCUCUAAGGAUGUUGCUAACCGAACCUUGGUGAAGAAUAUGACCCUGAGAAUAAUGGAUGCAUAUGGAAACCCAGCAGGGCAGGAUCUGGGUGGAAAGGUGGUCAUUUCUAUAACAAGCUUGAGUGGCAAAAGUAACAUCCCUCUGUUUGAGGGCAAAGCCAACAGAUGUGAAAUUGGCCUGACAGAUGGAAAAGUCCACAUCACUAGAUUGACCAUCAUGGAGAAUAGCCCUGGUGAUGUUGGCAGUGUUUACACCCUCCUCUUCAAACCUGAAGUGCCAAUGGUUCCCAAGCCCCUGGCUCCUUUUGGGCUCACCUUUCACUUUUACAAUGAUGCAGUAAACCAACAGAAAAUGCGUGAGCUGUUAAAAAAGAAAACUGAGCUGACUGUUGCUGUCACUGCACAUAAUGACCUCUUGACUGGUUACAAAGAUGUACUUAAAUUGCUGACAGAUCAAGAACUGACUGCAAAUCACAAAGAGACUGAGCUCAGAAAUGUGCUCAAUAGUAGGAACAUGGGAAUAGUAAAACCUCUAUCUAUCCCAGAUAUUGACAGACUCCUAAAUGACAAAACCAUACAAGCUGAUGAGAUUCUGAAAAUACCGAGAAGAGUCUGCUCCAUCCGUGACAACUUCAGGGGACAGCAGGAUGUUUUGGGAAUGGUUGGUCACUUGGCCUGUGUGCUGGAUGAUGAUGCUGCAAGAGUUAUUUCCUGGCACAUCAGGGGUGACAUGGAUUGUGUCAUCACCAAAACAACAGAAGCAGCACAGAGGAUCUAUAAGGACACGCAGGGCAGGCAGCAGGUCAUGGCCCUUGACAGCAUAUUUGUGUCACCGUUAAACAGACCUCUGCCUCACAUAAGAAACGGACACAUACUCUUUAAUCCCCCUGGGAACCCAGUCUACGCCAGAGACCUCCUGAUUUACCCCCACAACAAGGAGAGCUGUGACAUUGUGUUUAAAAACAUCCUCGGAGACACUAUUCUGAUUGAUGACCUGGACUCUGGAAACAAAUACAGGCGCACGGUGGUGCAGAACAAGAUACCCUGUCCCACCAUACUGACCAGGGAGGGGGACAGGAUCAGUGGCAAGGGCAAGUUUGGAGGGGCACAGAACAAAGCCCCACAGACAAACACAUCACUAAUGUUUGGAGCCCCCCUCCCACAGGAUUACCACACACUUCAGGAACAAAUAGACCUGCUCAGACAGUACCGUACAGCUGUGCAAAAGAGAGACAGCGCAGAAAAAGAACGUCAGGAACACUUAGAAAAGAUGAGGUCUCCUCAGAUGCUGCAGAAUAAACAAGAUAUGGAGGAGAAAAAGAAGCAGCUGGAGGAGAUUGAAAGAGAACUUGUGACUAAACCCAUCAGAUCAAUGAAACGGGGGCCAGAGGAUGCUGGCGAGCCUUCUGGCAUCAAUACAAAAAGGACAAAAUAGAGUUCCACAUGAGACAGUCCUGAGCCAAACCUUUUUGGUCAUUUUAUUAUUAUUUUCAAUUUUUUUUUAGGUUAAAUUGUUGUAAUUUUAUAUUUGUAGAGAUUUGUUUCCUUAUGUUUUAACACUUUUGUAAAAAUCAAAACUGCCUGCUCCUGACAAAAUUAUGUGCAUAGCAUGAUGCCUGGAUCUUUCCUACACCAUCAAAAGAUUUUUCUGUCAACAGUGAACAGCUGGCAGCAGGGUUACCAUAUGACCAGAACGUUGAUGGUAUCUUGCUGUUGCUGAAAUUUACAAGUUUGUUCGUAAAAAUACUAAGAAGCUAUUAUGUGUCUGCUUUUACAGUAAAAUACUGAUGAUUUGUUUAUUACUGUUUAUCUGUUCUUUUUCACAAGAGGUACUGUUUAUUUGUGGAUGUUUAUGUUUAUUGUGAACUGCAGUAUAUAUUUACCACAUGCUACUGUAUAAUAUAUUGAUUAAUUCAUUGCUAUCAAAGAGGACUACAUAGAUAUUUUUAAACCUUGUGAUUUUAUCAAUUACCUGCUCUUUGCAUUCCAUUGGUCAUUGCAUCUUCAAAUUUUAAGACAAAUAAUACAAUUUCAAAGUGUCUUUUCAAA